UUUGGGCACUGGGCAAAAUGAGAACCGAGUUUAAGGCAUUUAAACUUGAAUUCUGAGUCAUUUUCUAAGUUGACCAUACACAAUGACCAAAAGAUAAAUGUAUUUUUUUUAAAGAGAAAAAUACAUACAUACGAAAUGGUAUGAUUUUUUUCCAUGUCAAUUUAAUGCCAAAUUGGACAAUUUGAGGGAGCACAUUCUACCAUUGUCGAUUAGAGUGCUCUGAAAGGAGGCGGUCUUUGACCAUUGCUCACUGCGGUCUAUUUUGCCGUGUUCUGUUCAGUGGCUUUAGGAGUGGGUACAGUACAACUGGAGAUCGUGCGGUGGAUUUCUCUGUUUGACAAUGUGAGCAUAUAUACAAAACUAUUGGAAAACUACAAACGGAAUUCAUAACUUACCGAUAAACUACUGCUACACUUCAGAAGGUCAUAGGGAUACAAUCUGCAUACUCAAACAUUUGGUCCUGAGUUCUUUGUUUUCUCUGCGGGUCCUGAGGCCUGAGUGCCAUGCCAGAGGAGUCCCACAGUGCUGUCCACAAGGGCCUAAUGGGGGAAGAAUCUCCUCAGCUGUACUCUGCCCUCACCAUCAGCGAUGGGCGCGAUGGGCGAACCGAUGGUUACAGCCGGCUCUGUGCUUGCCCAUCGGAGGAAGAGGCCUCUGGCCGUCCGGUGAGCCUCGUCUCCACUCUGUCAUCCAGCUCAUCCAGGGACAGCCACAGCCUCUACGGCAGUACCGCGACCCUCCCCUCCUCCGCGCUGCCUCCGACCAGCGGAGAGGACAUUGACCUGGAGCUCAGCCCCACGGAGGGAGCCAGCCCGCAGACGCCGGCCCAGGUUCAAGGCCUGAGCCCGGGGGAGACCCGAGGCCAGUGGCUGGACCAGGGUCAGAACAACAACAGUAUAACCACCACCACCUUCAACACCAGGACUAGUGACCCCGAGACCCUGACCUCGCCCUUUGCCGCAGAAGCCAUGACGCCCAACCCUAAGCUGAGCUAUGUGGACCGCGUGGUCAUGGAGAUCAUUGAGACGGAGCGCAUGUACGUCAGGGACCUUCGCAGCAUUGUGGAGGAUUACCUGGCACACAUCAUAGACAUGCACAACCUUCCCAUUGAACCAAAACAGGUGUCUUCCCUAUUUGGAAAUAUAGAGGACAUUUAUGAGUUUAACAGUGAGCUGUUGAAGUCUCUGGACAUGUGUGAAAAUGACCCAGUAGCUGUUGCCAGAUGUUUCGUAGACAAGAGUGACGAUUUUGAGAUCUACACACAGUACUGCACAAACUACCCCAACUCUGUAGGUGCCCUGACUGACUGCAUGAGGAGUAAGACCCUGGCCAAGUUCUUCAGGGAUCGCCAAGCCUCCUUAAAGCGCUCUUUGCCCCUGGGCUCCUACCUGCUAAAACCUGUCCAGAGAAUCCUCAAAUACCACCUGCUGUUGCAGGAGAUUGCCAAACACUUUGACCCCGAGGAGGAGGGCUAUGAGAUGGUGCAGGAGGCCAUCGACACCAUGACCGGCGUGGCUUGGUACAUCAACGACAUGAAGAGAAAGCACGAACAUGCUGUCAGGCUACAGGAGAUCCAGUCUCUCCUGAUCAACUGGAAAGGUCAUGACCUCACUACGUACGGCGAACUUGUCCUAGAGGGAACCUUCCAGGUCCAACGUGCCAAGAACACCAGGACGCUGUUCCUGUUUGACAAGAUGCUCCUCAUUACCAAGAAGAGAGGAGACCACUUCAUCUACAAGACACACAUCUCUUGCUCAACCCUGAUGCUGCUCGACAGUGCCAAGGACCCCCUGCACUUCAGUGUGAUCCACUUCAAGCAUCCCAAGCAGCCUCAUAUUGUGCAGGCCAAGACUGUUGAGGAGAAGCGCCUCUGGGCUCAUCAUAUAAAGAGGCUGAUUCUGGAGAACCACCACACCAUCGUCCCACAGAAUGCAAAAGAAGGCUUUCUGGAAAUGGAUUCUCUCUAUCCAGGGUCAGGGAGGUACCGCUACAGCCCAGAGAGGUUGAAGAAGACUCUAGCAUGCCAGGCUGAAAACCUCCCCGCAGUGGGGAGGCAAGGACGCAGGAGGUCAGAACCAGCUAAACAGAUUGUGAGGACGACCAACGCCAUUCUGAAGCACGCAGACAGUGAAGGUGCUCUGCUGGGGCAUCGGCUUUCCCUGCAGGACCCCGCUAGUGUCAGUACACUGGGCUCCUGCCCAGCUGAGCCUGACAGGCCUUCUGUGCAGGAGGACCAGGAGGAGCUAGGCCGCAGGAGGUGCUCUCUGGACCAGUUGAGUCCCAGGGACAGAGAUGACCCUAAGCCAGAUUCGCCACCAUGCCAGGUGGGCCCUGACCAGGAGGAAGAGAUAGGGGCGAUGAACACGGAUGAUACUCUAAUGGUGGACGACCAGGUAGCCGACUUUGCCAGUUCCAUGCUGGCAGCCAUCUCCUGUUGGCACUAUAGGGCCAGGGCUUUGCUUUCCGCUCAGUUCACAACGGCUUAUGUGGAGGUAGGGUCUUCUCAAAGCAACGUUCCUCAGAUAAUGGUGAUAGAACCGCAUGAGGGUUAUCCACCCAGAGACAAAGGGCCUCAUGCCUCGCCCCCCCUGGCUCCCAGACAGCAUAUGACACUGGAGCCUGAGGAGAGGUGUGAAGAGGGAGUCAUGGAAGAGGAGCGCUACAGGGAAGAGGAGCGCUACAGGGAAGAGGAGCGCUACAGAGAGGAAGAGGAGGAAAGUGACUGCUCUGCCCUCCAUCAGGAUGCAAUGGACUCGUCAGUGACUAAUGGAGAUUGUUCAGAGUUGGGUGAGGUAGAGGAGGAUGGGGCAGUGGGGAAGGAGACGGACAGCAUCCUGCCUGCUUCUGUGCUGGACCAGGCCGGUGAAAUAUCAGAACAUUUUGUCAGUGGUCUUUCCCAGAGAGGUAGCCUGGUAGUCUCAGAGGACCAGCAUUCACCGAGCAGCCCCUCAUCUCAACUGUGCUGCAUGAGAAACGGGAACACAAGUCAAAGCACUGAGCUCCAGGUGAAGGCCCAGACUCUAGUUAACUCAAUCCCAAAGCCCCCACUGCUCUUGGAAGCCAAACCCUUGACGCCGGCCCCUGUACCAGACCACCCGAUUGAGUCUAAGAGCAAAUCCACUCUCUCCAACCUGGACCAGAUACUCAUCCACAAGAUCAGGAAGUAUUAUGAGCAUGCAGAGCGCCAGGAUGCCGGCUUCAGCAUCAAGCGCAGGGAAAGCCUGUCCUACAUCCCUGCAGGCCUAGUCAGACAGUUAAGUAGUCAGCUCAACAGCAUUCCCCAGGAGCAGGUGGUUCCAGGACACCGGAAGGUCUCUCCAAACAACCGGCCCACCUCCUGGUCAGUGUUCGACCUCCCUGGCCUGGAAAAGGAAAAUAGCACUAAUGAUACCCCUGUGCUGGAGCCACAGAAAGCUACUGAUGUCGAGCCCAGCUCCCAAUGUGUCAAAGAUGCUCCUGAGUUAUUUAGACCCGCCUUGGACAUGAUCCAAGUUUGGCGAGACAUGGAGAUGGAUGAGGCCACUGGGAGCCUUGAAGAACCCAAGGGUAUCCAGAAGACGGAGAGCAUUGACAAUCCCAGUUUACAUCAUUCCAUAUCUACACAUCGACCCCGAAAGGGGGGAUGCAGCAGUGAGAGCCCUGAAACUGAGAACAUCAAGCCUCUGAAGAUCCUGGAGGAGUCAGACAUGGGCACUGCCUCAGAAGAGUCCCCAGCCCCGAUUCCCAUGACAACCUCUCCAGACCCAAUCUCAGAGCAGGACUAUUCUGAGGAUAAGACUCUUAAGUCUGAAGAGAGGGUCAGUAGGACCUUUCUACCCAGGAUCACCAGCCUGCGUUCCCAGGGAGAGGAGGACCUGAUCCUGCAGGACAUGGAGAGGAUGAAGAACAAGGUGUUUCAGCUGGCCCGCCAGUACAGCCAGCGCAUCAAGAACAGCAAGCCUGUGGUGAGGCAGAGAAACAGUGAGGCUGAGAACCACCUCACCCAGAACGACCUGCCUGCUAUCAAUGAGGAAAAGGUCCAAAGGGGUCGGCCUAACCUGACUCUGACACUUAACAACUGUGAGCCGGUGGUCAUGCAUCGGUUGAGUUCCCCAAGCCCUGCCACAAGUCUCAGUUCUGGGGCCAGCUCACGGGUCACAUCCCCUUGUCCCAAUGGUUCCAGCAGCCCAGUGCAGACAGAGAGUUUCCACUGGCCCGAUGUCCAGGAGCUACGCUCCAAAUACACUAACCCCAGGCUGGACGAUGUAUCCUCCCACCCUUCACCUGUCAGCCGUAGCAACUCUGUCCCAGAAAGAAUGGAGAGUUGUACUGUGGGGUUCAGCACCUCAUGGAUCUCCACUGCCUACUCAUCCAGCUACAGCAACUCCACAGACACUAUCAGUGGACAAACAACCACCAAGUCAUCCAAAGCUUACCUGUGCCCGGCCUCUGUGGCAGAGGCUCAGCAACAACCUGCACUGUGCAGGUGGGACUCUUUAGAUCAAAUGCUGGGUACACUGCCUCUACAUGACCUGCAGAACCUCCCGGAACCCAUGAGGAGCUGUUAUGUGGCCAGUCAAGCCAGCCUGCCCAAUGAGCACAAUGUUAUUGUUGUGGAGAGGGUUCCAAGUGUCAGGCCAGCGGAGACCGGGGAGAAAGAGAGAGUGGAGGAGCAAGGAGCUGAAGGAAAGGGAAAACUCCAUACCGCAAAUAGCUUUGACUACCAAUACUGUGCUAAGAUGUCUUCACUGACUUCUGGCAAAAAGACUGAGAGUAGUCUGGUGAAAAACCUGCGAGAAAAAUUCCAGAACUUAGGUUCAAACACAUGAAUGCUUGAAAGCCGUAACAGACGGCCUUAGUCAUUGCAUUUGGUAAAUCAUGUAAUAAGCCUUCUUUUACCUGUAAAUACAAUUGAUGAGAAAUGACUACAAAUACUGUCUGUUAGCCAGUGACUACUGCUACUUUUAUUAGUUUUUUUCUUAGUUCUUGUUUAUUUCUGUCAGUUUCUUCUCACAUCAGACACUAAUGUGGUAACGUCACGUGAUAUUAUGUACAAGGGAUAUUGAACAAUCAAAACUAUAACCACAGGAGAGAUGUAGGUGACAGUGCCAAAUGUUUAUACUUGUACAUUUUUGUUCUACCACCUUUAUAAAAUGUGUAAAGUAUAUGUAAAGAGGAGGAGUUUGUAAAUCUUGAAACUGGUUUUGAGUAUAUUUGAGAAAAUCAACAUUAGCAUAUUAGAGUUGAUCUGUGAUGUUUACCCAUAUUGUUUAUCCUGUAUGACUAGUUACUCCCACAAUGCAAAUGUGAGGGUCAUAGCAAGACAGUUGUGAAAAUAAGUUUUGGGAGGUACUGUACAAUAAUUUAAUAAGAGUUGUAAACCUGGGAGGCUGGGCCACCAUCGAAGUGAUUAUUGCAGAUUUACAGCCAGGAUGGCUCCAUUUGGAAUUUGACCAAAGAGUUUUCUUUCUCUCUGAUGUGUAAUAAUAGGAGAAAUAUGGUUUAAUGCUGUUAAUUUCAGCCCAUUUUGUCACAUUUAGCUAGAAUUUCAUACUAUCAUUGUUUUCAUACAUCACUGGAACAGUUUUUGUGAUUAUUUGUUUUUUCUUAUUUAUAAAAUAAUCCUCUUCUUUGUUCAAAUAUUGUUCAACGGUGAGACCUUACACUUUGCCAUUCCAGAAACACAGAGUAACUUUAUACUUAAUACAGUAUGGCAUAUAUUCUCAAUAAAGCAGAGGUAUUGAAAUUAAA